UUUUACUAUAUAUUUAUUACUCCCAAAGUAGUAUUAUUAUAGUUUUUACUAUCCUAUAUUAAACUUGCUAGCACAAGUUUAAUCUUGGACUCCGGAGCAAGUUCGUGUGGAUACGUUGGAGGCUUCAUACGUUUGGCGCUACGUUCAUCUCCUCAAAACCAUCCCCGACCGUUCCUCCGUUCUCCGUUUUCACCGUUAAGGAUGUUGCCCCAGUGCGCCCUGUCCAAAGACAGUGUAGUGAGACCUCGAUGGCAACGGGACCUGGUGAAAUAUUGUACAGAAUUUACAGAGUCAUGACCUUCUGCCUCUCGCCACUGUUACACCUCAAUCUACGUUGGCGUAAACGCCGCGGCCUCGAGCAUCCCAUCCGGUGGGGCGAGCGUCUUGGCCGUCCUUCUCUCCCUCGUCCUCCUGGUCCCCUCGUUUGGUUCCAUGCUGUGUCGCUUGGUGAGGGACUGGCUGCGAUUCCCGUGAUCAAAUGCUGCUUAGAAAGGAUGCCGGAUGUAAAUGUUUUAAUGACAACAACCACAACAUCAGCAUUUGAAGUAAUAAAGAACCUGCUUCCAAGUGAUGUUAUAUAUCAGUUUUCUCCACUUGACAUUCCUCAUGUCAUUGAGGCAUUUCUCUGUUACUGGAGUCCAACUGCAAUCAUAUUGAUGGAAAGUGAACUUUGGCCAAAUCUUGUUAUGUGUGCUGCAAAAAAUGGGAUUGCAUUGGCAUUACUUAAUGCUCGGAUGUCCAGAAAGUCUUAUCAAAAGUGGUCUCUUCCUGGCAUUCAUCCCCUAAUAUCGUUGUUAAUGUCAAAGUUUGUGCUGAUUGUCCCAUUGAGCACAACACAAGGAAUCAAUUUUCAGCUACUGCAGGCUUCACCGUUUGUCAUUAGUUUUUGUGGUGACCUUAAGUAUGCUGUAGAUAACUUUGACACUGUUGAAAGGGAUCAUAGAGUUUUGGAUGCUUUGAAGGUACAGCUUGCUGAGCGAAAAAUGUGGCUUGCUGCUUCCAUUCACAGAGGUGAAGACAAAGUCAUGAUAGAAGUCCACAAAGAGCUUCAGAAAAUAUAUCCUGACAUACUUACUAUCAUCGUGCCUCGGCACCCCCAAUAUGGGCAAGAAAUAUCUUUGGGGUUGCAGAAAGAACACUUGACUGUGGCUGUACGGUCCCGUAACGAUAGCAUAAUGACAGAAACAAACAUCUAUGUGGUCGACACUUUAGGUGAACUCAGAAUGUUCUAUAGUCUAACGCCAAUAGCCGUAGUUGGUGGUUCUUUUGUACCCGGUUCAGCUGGUCAUAACAUAUCAGAAGCAGCAGCAGCAGGAUGUGCGGUUCUGACAGGUCCAUACAUUGGGCACUUCUCAAACAUGGCAAAUCAGAUGCAACAUCUGAAUCCUUUUUCAGUUCGGCAGGUUUCCAGCGAUGGCCUUGUUGAAGCUCUCAAAGUGCUCCUCGGUGAUGACUCAGUUCUUGAAGCACACCGUGUUGCCGCAAGACAAGCACAUCAAGCUCUAUCUCAUGGGAUCAUUGACAACUUAUGGCAUUUACUAGCAAUUAACAUUUUUGACAAAACAAGAGGGAAAUGAAGGGUAUUUUGAAGAUAUUUUUUUCAAUAGCAUAACUAGUGGGCCAUUGAAAUAACCCCAGAUCCACUUAAACAACUCAAGGCUUGACCAGACGACAUAUUACUAGAACAUUUGCAUGUACUGAAAGCUGGUUACUCCAGUUCUUACCUCCUCCGUCCAGAUGUAAUGCUUUCAUUUUGACAUUUCCUUGUUUUGAAGAGAAGUUGACUAUGGAGUGAAUUUGUCUAAAAUGUCCAUACUAAAAAAGUGGUAGGUGG